GAAGAAGAGCUUCGCAAGGCGUUCCCUCCCGUCGUUCGUGUUCUGCUCCCCGAAGAAGCCGUUACGAGCAACGCUUGGUGAGGAAAAGAAGCUCUUACCCGGAUUUUACCUCGAAGGAUCAGUGCUCUCGUCAACGCGGAUACCAGCCCGUGAAGACCCGCAGGGCGACUUGAGCACCAUGGCUAGUAAGGAUAAGCCAACCGCAGGCCGCGACGCAGAGGGCAAGGCUGGCGGCGCUGGAGCACUCAGUGCCAAAGCAACUACCACUCCAGGGCGCAAGGCGUUGGGCGUCGGCCCAAACACUCCACGCGCACGGAACACGCCAGCGCAGAGAAAGGACGGCGCGGAAGACCGCAGCCAGCAGGAGGCGGCCACCAAGUCGUCUGAUCACCGGGUCGAAGCUCCUCGAAGCGUUGCCAGCCGCUCAGUGCCGAAGGCUGCCGCUUCGUCGAAAUUCCCCAACCGACCGAAGGCCGGCAGUUCUAGCGCAUCGAAGACAGCCGCCGGGAGCCCGAGGACCGCGGCUGCAACCCCGAAGGAUGGCGGUUCUAAGCUCAAACGCAAGAGCAGCGUCACUAACCUUAAACAGGGCAGCGCGGCCAGUCCGAAGAGUGGCGCCGCGACUGCCGGGGGCCGUAGCGUCGCCAGUGCCAAGAAGGGCGCCACGAGUCCAAAGACAAAGGGGAAGGGCGCCGCCGUUAGCCAAGUGGGCAGUGCUCACAAGGCUGGCUCCCUCCCGACCUCAGAGAAGAGCGGCAAGGGCAAGACAGGUGUCAAGGGGGCCGCCGACGACGAAGGCGGGAAGGACGACGAGGAUAAGGCCGGCCGCAAGCGCCAUCACGGACGGCGCAAGUCGAUGGUCGCCGCGGCCAUGGCUAGGUUCCGCAAGACUCUGAAACCUGACCAGGAAGGCGGCUCCAAAACCAGCACUGAGACGCUGAGCAGCAAGGACCAGAUGUCCCUGUUCCUGGUGAUAGCGGUGGCCGGAUUCCUCGUCGUAUUCAUGGCCAUCCUAAUCUUCGUUUUCUUCCUCGGUGGCACCAACAUACCCGAGGGCAUCGCAUGCAUCACCGAGGAAUGCUUGGAGGCCAAAAAGUAUCUGGACAGCCUGCUGAACGACACCAAGAACCCGUGCACCGACUUUUACGGCUACGUGUGCGGCUCGUGGAAGGGAAAAGGGGGCAGCUUCUACGACAGCGCAGCGAUGAGCGCACUCUUCAGGCUCAACGCGACGCUGCGUGGCAUGCGGGAGAUCAAGCGCGACCAAGAGAGACGCCAGGGCAUGCACAUCCUGAAGCCCAUAUACAGUGGCUGCUACAACUACAUGUCGAAGCCGGUGAAACUGGCGGAAUCGCUGGCCGAGGCGGGCAUGAAUCUCGAUAUCGGGAAGCUGAUGAACUCCAUCACCUUCUUCGACGUGGUGCGCUACCUCGUGCAACAAUCCCUGCAGGUGGGCGUGUACACGCUGUUCCACUUGCGGUUCAUCCACGAGGCUGGCCGUCCCAUGCUGUUUAUAACCGAGGGCUACAGCCUGUCGGGGAAGCUCGGCCGACCAUUCAGCGGCCUUCACGACAUCUUCGUUACAAUCCUCCAGGUUUGGCUCAAUCGCACCGACGUCGACGACCGAUUGAAUUUCCUCACGGAAAUGGACGCCGAAGUUGAGAAGAUCUUCAACACUGGCGAGAGGAAGAUGGCGCAGAUGACGCUGCGCGACGCGCUUCAAGGCAUGGUCACCGGAGUCUCGGCCGAAGACUGGGUGGCCGCUGUGCGCGCCUCUCACCGCGGGGAGUUCGCCCUCGUGGUCACCGACGACAUACUAACCAACAACUCGGGGGUUUACAAGCCCGCUAUGCAGGCGGUGACGAAGCACGGCGUGAAGGAUGCCGCCUUUUACCUGGCUACCAACCUGGAGGCCGACAUGCUUUACGUGCUGUCGCAGCACAACAUCAUCUCCAAGCACGACGUGAGCAAGGGCUUCUACUGCCUCUAUUUCACCCAUAAGUGCCUGGCGCUCACCUGGGCCUACCUGGCCGCGCGGCUGCUGGCGCCUGUCGGCAGCACGGGCGUCGUCUACAACAUGCUCAAAUUCAUGAAGGAAAUCGUCAGAGAUACGCGACCGGCGUUCAGUUGGAUGAAGAACGCCACCGCCGUCAAGGCCAUGGAAGAGGUGUCCAAGACGUCGCUACAAGUGGUCGCGGGCGAAGGCUUCAACAAUUCCGGCGUCGAUUACAGGGGUCCGACGCCAGAGCUGGACGAGGAGGACUCGUUCCUGAAGAACCUGUUGAUAGCCUUGAGGCACCAUCACACAGUGAUGGCCGCCAACCCGCCCACACUCCUCGAGCUGAGGCUGUCGGAUUACGAGUUCUCAAGCAGCUUGACGUACGUGCAGGAAAAGAAGGCGAUCCUUGUGCCCACCCUAUACCAGAACAACCCGUACAUUUACCUGUUCCGUGUGCCGGACUUCUUCAACUACGGCACGCUGGCGGCGCUUCUCGCAAAGGAACUUGUCACGGGGGCCGUCGGCUCGCUCCGGAAUGAGUGGCACGACGAGACGCGGGCCCAGCACGCUCAGGUCCUUCGCUGCCUGGCGGAGCGGCGCAAGAGUUUGGGCUUUGGUAGACUGGGCCCUGAUGGCGGCGACAGGAAGAAGGAGCUGAUCCUGACUCUCACAAUAAGCGUCCGGAUCGCCUACUACGCUCUCAUGAAGACCUUCCGCAUCCAGGCUGGAACGGCCAAGAUGUUCAACGAAUACUGGCCCGCGGCGGAGCAAGUGUUCUUCGCUCGCUACUGCCUGCUCUGGUGCAGUGCCUCGCAGGACGCGAACCCACUCACGCCGCGCGAGAAAUGCAUGCUGCCGUUGUACAACAUGGAGGAGUUCGUCGACCGCUACGGCUGCAAGGAUCUCGCCAACUUCACCACGGCGCCCUUCUGCCAAGUGUAGCGUGACGCCUCCGUGCCGCACUACACGCCUCUGCACAUUAGUACAAUACACGACCCUAUGCACUAUCGCUGCAUCACUCCACAUCAGACUACGUAUAGUACCGCUCCAUUGUAUGCACCUGCUGGUCUAGCUCUCUUGGUCUGGCUGGUCUAUUUCACAUCACAUUUGACAACACCAAGCACAUCGUUUCACACCUCACGGCAACUGCAGUACGGAUAACUAUCUUUCAUCGCAUUACAUGUGCCGACCAGAUGAGGUCGAUAUUUUUUUUCUCUUUCGUUAGACGUCUCGGCCUGCUAUUACUUGCUGUUGCCAUACAAGUGGUACGAAUUAGUCUAAUUGACGCUUCAGUGCGCGGAUCUUAUUGCCACAACAUAUUUCGGGCUUGUGUGAUUUUUGCAAUGGUACGGUGCCCGACAGCGCGUUCAUAAAUCGACGCAUGUUUGAUGUUAAAUCACCACACCUAUUAAGGAGUGAAACCAUUUAUGUUUACGCGUGUGACGCCGUUCUUGGUUGACUGACCCGAACUCAACUAAUCCAGUGAGCUUGAAGCACAUUGGCCCAGUUUCCUGUUUGCUUCUUCUUACUUGGUGACAUGUGUCUUGAACUUUGUCAGGACGAGCGUUUGCAGAUGUGCUCGCCUUUAGACGAUAGUGGCGUCAAUACAGAGCUUCCUGUCUUCAGAAGUGCUCCGCCCACCGCAUUAUACUUAUAGCCAGCAAAUUUCAGCACGAUGACUUGUACACAGAUCGCUUGUUUACUACGUACCAGCAGGUCUUCACUUAGUCAGCGGUACAGCAGCUGUGUAGAAUGAAGGCUGGUAUUUGACCUGCCGGUGCAGCAAAUUAACCAAUCUGAUUGAAGAGCCGAAGAUUGAGAGGUUCAGCCGCAGGCUUUUGUUUAGUUACGUAGCGGAGUGAGGUUUUGCUGUCAUGUCACUGAAAGGCACAUUACGCGUCUGGCUUUUGGGAGUAUUCUUUGAUUUUGCUCGCUUUUUUUUCGCUUACUCUUUCUUUUCGAGUGUUUCUUUACUGUUAUUUCUUUCUUUUUUUGCAACGGUGGUGGUUGACAGCGAAAAUGUUCCACUUCAUUGACUUAAGAAUCUCUUCUUUGCUCUUGGCAUGUGUGGAAGUUGUAAUCUUUACCCUGUUCUUAUAAAGAGUUGCGAUUAAUUGACCGGUAUGUUCUAUUUAGGGCAAUCAAUGGGAAAUGCUUCGUGUAGUCCUUAGUAAAUGACUUUUGUUCUUUUUUCUACUGCCGUCUCGGUAGAUACGUGCAUUAGGUCCCUUUAGGGUUGAAUACGUGUUAAUGAUGUUGAAAACGAACAUGAUGGUCGCUAUCGCAGGAAUCGCGUCGUUGCUCAGUUCAGUCCCGUUGCUCGAUGCAACUAGUGAUGCGCAGCUAUGGUCAAGCCUACCUUCGAAAAAGUAGCUAAGAUGUGCCAAAUAAUGCUUCACAUUAGAAACGCCACAAACACCUUAAAGCUAUAAACAUGAAGUUUAAACGCCGACGGUAUUCGUACUCCGGCUAAUAAAUGUUAAAACGUAGUCAACCUCGGUCGAUUAUAAAGGUGGUACU